AUGGAUCCCAACUCCAGCAGACGGCGUUGCACUGUGGGCCCCUUCUGCGGUGUCCCGGAUAUCGAUUCCUCCCCUGCAGCAGCAGCAGCAGCAGCAGCAGCUGCUGCUGCUGCUGCUGCUGCAGCAGUGGAGCCAAACAGCAGCAGCAGCAGCAGCAGCAGCAGCAGCUGUCCAGACAGCUGGAUGAGUGCGAGCCAGCGACUGCUUCUUUGGUCUGCUUCUCCUUCUGUAAUUGAAGCAAAAACCUCAGCAGCAGCAGCAGCAGCAGCAGCAGCAGCAGCAGCAGCAGCAGCAGCAGAAGAAGAAGAAGAGACAGUUUGGGGCUUGGUGAGUAUACACCACGCUGCAGCAGCAGCAAUACACACACACAAACAGAUACAGACACAGAAGGAGACAGAGAAGGAGACAGAGAAGGAGACAGAGAAGGAGACAGUGCAGCAGCAGCAGCAGCAGCAGCAGCAGCAGCAGCAGCAGCAGCAGAUUGCUUCGAUCCACUCAUCGCUUUUGCUGCAGCCCCACAAAGAGGCGCUCCACAUAGGAGACUCAAACAACCUGCAGCAGCAGCAGCAGCAGCAGCAACAGCAGGAGAAGAAGAAGAAGAAGCAGGAGCAGCAGCAGCAGCAGCAGCAGAAGCAGCAGCAGCAGCAGCAGAAGAAGAAGAAGGAACAGGAGCAGCAGCAGCAGCAGCAGAAGCAGCAGCAGCAGAAGAGGAGAACGAAGGCGCAUGCAUAA